AGCGUUUGUUGUUAUUUAUCUGGUUUUCAGGCAUUAUGUGCGUUAGCGCAAAAGAAAAAACCUUACAACAAUGUACCUUUUUCUCAUUCAUUCAUCUAUUAAUACCUUUAGUUUUGUAACAACAAAUAUUGAAAAAUAAACCAUUUCUCAUCUGCUUUUUCCUUUAUUUAUUAAUACAAACAUGGCCCUCAAGUGGGUACCUCGCAGCGCCGGAUGUCGCUGUCCGCCGUCCUCGGCGCAAUUGCCACCCUUACGCUUGCCCUGUCAGGCGUAGUAACAGCCUCCUCAGAGCAAGUGAAAAUGACAACCUUCCCCUCCGUUCUCUACGUGGCCUCUCCAUACGCCAUGUGCUUUGGCGUACUGAUCAAAGAGCAAACCAUUCUCACCGAUGCCCGCUGCCUGUACCCUUUCUCCAACAGCAGUAGUGUGCCCAGGGAAGUCAGCGGCUUGCUCAAGCCUGACUAUUUGAUGGUCGCCCUGCCCACCGUCAACACCUCAGCCACCAUGCACAACGUCCUGCUGUCCACCCAGGUAUAUCCCAACCCGGACCAGGCCGGCUUCCGCGCUUCCACCUUUUUCGGCCUUGUGGCCAACUACGUCGAUAACACGACGUUUUUCGCAGUCGAAUCGCCAACGUGCACUCAUACUACCCGCAGAGCCAGUAUAUCGAGGAGGCCGAGCAGAAUUUUGAUGUAGGCAUUAUUACGCUCAAGCACCCCAUGGGUGGUGUGCCCCUGGCCUCG